AUGGACAUCCGGAGACGUUAUUGGCACCGGAGGAUUCGGAGUCGUUUUGAAACAAAAAAUGACAGUGGAAGACUCAGAGCUGUUAAGAGGAUAAGCCGGGGUGCUUUGAGUGUCAAAGAGGCUGGCCUCUCCUGGGAGCUUAGGGUAUUGGCAAAGUUGAAGGACGCAAGUUAUCCAAUGUUAUUUGUGCGGUUUUUCGGCUGGUAUGAGAACAAAAUCGAUAUAUUCCUUGUGAUGGAAUACAUCGAGAACGGAGACUUAAGCCAGUACCUCAAGGAAUCCCCAAAAAGAGUAAAAGCCGAGGCAAGAAACAUCGUUAGGCAAAUUCUAGAGGGACUUGUGGUCAUGCAUGAUCAAAACAUAUGCCACCGUGAUUUAAAACCCCAGAACAUUUUGAUCAUCAGCACCGCCUCAUUAAUAGAGAUCAAGAUAACCGACUUCGGAAUCUCAAAACAAGAACAAGAUGAGGAUGGAGAUUGUACUGAUAUUACGAUUAAAUCGGAUACCAACCACUCAAAAUGGGAAGAUGAACAAGAUUUGGAUCUUUUGCGGGAUUAUUGUGAGAAAAAAGAAGUAUUUCCAGUCGGUAGUUUGGAAAGGUCCCUGGUAGGUAGAAGCAGUAUAGAUUUUGUGACAAAACUCCUUACCCGAACCUCAGUGUCGACCGUCCGCGGCAGACGCUUUGAAGAGCCCGUGGAUAACCUGCUAUCAACGCUUGGCAGAUUUUAUUAG